ACCCCCGUUGUUCUGCCUGGACACUGAGGUCCAGCACCGAGGGCCUUCUGGCGGUUCCCUCACUGCGAGAAGCCCAGUUACAGGGAGAUCCAAGAUGGCCACCGAUCUGUGAGGCAGGGUGAGGCAGCUGCUCUCACCAUUUUAUAGUUUUAUUGUCCUUUUAUUGUUUUAUUUUAUUGUUUUACUGCCCUAUUUUAUCAUUUAAUGGUUUUACUUCCUUGUUAUCUCGGAUGCUUUCCCACUGAGCUAGGAGGGCAACACGACCCAGAAAGGGGCCACGGCAAAGGAGUUCAGCAAAUUGGUCUCAAUUACUUGCCUACCUUGGAAGUAGUCUUGCGGAGAGCCCUGCUGUAACACCCGAUGGAGCUAAUGAACCGAGAUACCAUCGAACCGGUAACAGAACCAGCUGAACCAGACCAACAAAUGAGAGACGACUCCAUUUUAUUUUUAGCCCCGAAGAAUGAUCUGGUUGAAGACCCGACAGGUCGUAUUAACAAAACUAUCCAAACAAUUAAUGAUCACUCAACUAGUGGCACAAUACCUGUUGACUUAAAUUCGCUCUCUGUAAGUAAUACCCCCCUAAUUCUACCAUCUGGCUCUGAAAAGUCGACUAUCUUAGGCCAAACAUCUGCCUUUAGCGAGACGAGUGGCACGACUUUACAGCCAAACCACCCCAAUAAAUCUAAACAGUUGGGAUGUAUAGCACGAUUGCCACCUUCUCAAAGGAAAAUUACCGAUUUUUUUGAAGCUGAAACUCCCCCAAAGUUAGAAUCCCAUUCCCACAUGAUCUGACUACCUAACGACCAACCCAGCCACCCCUUGAUGUCAUUUUUAUGCUGGAAUAUUGCGGGAUGGAGGGGGAAGAAAUCUCAUCCAGACUUCUUAAAAUUUGUUAAUUUAUUCCAAGUAAUUCUCCUGCAAGAAACUUGGGAAGAGGAGGUGAUUGACAUAAAUGGAUACGAUACCAUUUUCCUUCCAGCUAGCCCCUCUCUUAAAGGUGGACGCCCUAGGGGAGGUUUGGCAAUAGCCAUUUCCCUCAAAUUGCAAGCAAAACUUACACUUGUUAAAUCUUCCUCUCCUUACGCGAUUACAGGACUGAUUUCAGGAGGGAAAUUUGAACUACUGGUAACAAAUGUUUAUUCCCCCCGGGGGGGGCAGGCAGUGGACCUCCAUUCCAAAUGGGAAACACUUGAAGAACACCUUGCUUUCUGUUAUACUAAGUUCCCAAACACCUCAGCAGUCAUGGGAGGUGAUUUUAAUGCUCGUACAGCUGCAAACUGGGAAGCGCUAGGCAAGGCCAAAUGGUGGGUCAUACCUGAUCACCAGAACUUGGAUUUCUCCCCCCAUAUACAGAGAAAAUCGAAAGAUAAUAGGGUUAACGAAGCGGGAACCCUUCUUUAUCAACUGAUUUUACGUUUGAAUUUGAUAAUUUUAAACAGAAAUUGUCCCCCGGAUAUUCCGGGUGAGUUUACUCAUUUGAGCACACUUACAAAUAGUGUUCUCAAUUAUUUUAUUGUUUCCAGAGAUUUAUUCUCAAAUUUUUCUUAUUUUAAAAUAGAAAACGUCCAAAUGAGCAACCAUCUCCCCUUGAGUGCCAAGCUUUCCCUAGACUGGCAGUCUAUCGAGUCCAGACACCCCAUAUAUAUGAGAAUAAAUACUGCAGAACAAGUGAGAGGAAUAAAAUGGUCAGUAACUCAAGCCCAAAAAUAUAUGGAAUUCUUCCAACAAGAGAUAAUUCAAACUCAUGUUUUAGAUUUAGAUCUGUAUGGGCAUGAACAAAUUAUGAAUUCAUUCUCUCUACUUACAGAAGAUCUUAUGUCCUUUUUUACAAUACCAGCCAUCCAAGUAAAUCCGGCCCAUUUUAAGACCGGUGCCCCUUGGUUUAACUUAAAAUGCAAACAAGCUAGACGACAUCUCUGUGCCAUUUACAAUGAAUACAAAUCUUCUGGUGCUUUAGUAUUACCUAGGAAUUACCAGCAAGCAAAAACAGCAUAUAAGCAAGCCCAGAGAAUGGCUAAGCAAGAGUGGCAACAAAAUCGCUGGCAGGCGCUAAUAGUCGCCUCUAGUUCACGUAGCUCACAGCAAUUUUGGCAAUUGGUUAAUAGAAGAUUAAGGAGAUAUCCCUUAACAAUAAUUCCUGCCCCGGUCUGGGAAUCCUUUUUAAGGAAAUAUUUUGCGUCACCAGAUUCCAAUACCAACGCUCUUGAUGAUGUAUUUGACCAUCUCCCCAUCUGGCCUCCUACUGACCCCGAUGAAAUCUUGAAUUUAAUCUCUAAACUUAAAAUCGGCAAAGCCCCUGGGCCAGAUUUGGUUCCGGCGGAAGCCAUAAAACUACAUUCCGACUGGUGGGCAAAAAUCCUGGCUGUUACUUUCGAUGCUAUUAAUGCAACUGGAAGGGUGCCAAAAAUAUGGAAGGACGCUAUUAUAAUUCCAAUAUAUAAAAAAGGCUCCCCAGACGAUCCGGAGAAUUAUAGGAAUAUUAGUUUACUGUCAAUAGUUGGAAAGAUAUACGCACGUUUUCUGCUGAAUAGACUUACCCAAUGGGCUGAAGAAAAGGAACUGAUAGGCCCUGAGCAAGCAGGAUUCAGACCGAACCAGUCAACUACGGACCAUGUUUUAGUCUUGCACCAUCUAGCCCAGAAAUAUUCCUCUUCAAACCGAGGCCAACUUUGUGCGGCUUUUAUCGACCUUAAGGCUGCAUUUGACAGCGUCCCCAGAAGGUUACUCUGGGAAAAGUUGGCCCGAUGGGGAAUUGAUAGAAGACUUUUAUGGUUAAUAAUCCAGCUGCAUGAGGGGUCGGCUGCUAGGGUGAGAAUAACUCCAGCCGGCGAUCUCACAAACUCUGUGCCCAUCAACAGAGGAGUCCGGCAAGGAUGUAUCCUAGCUCCUUUUCUUUUCAAUUUAUUCAUUAGUGACAUGAGGAUACCAUUGGCCGAAUCUCAGGAAAUCACCCAUGCCCCCCGCCUCGCAAACUAUCGUUGCCCACUAUUACUCUAUGCUGAUGCUGCUGUGAUUUUAUCCUUCUCAAGAAUUGGCCUCAGGAGAGCAUUAAAAUUCUUUGUUUCAUAUUGUAAAACAAAUUCCCUCACUAUAAAUCAAUCUAAAUCAAAAGUACUAAUCUUCUCAAAAAAUUGGAAAUCCUAUAAGUGGCAAUUAGAUGGAAAACCUAUUGAACAGGUCUAUAAAUUUCAAUACCUGGGAGUUUUUCUCCAAUAUAAUCUGGGUUGGAAGGCACAUAUUGCACAUAUUUUAAACAAGGCCAAGGCCCUAUCCUUUGCAUUUUUGCACUUUUUCUUUUCGGACGGGGCUCUUCAUGUUCCAUCUGCCCUGAAAGUAUUCAAAGCUAAAGUAAUUGCAACAUUGGCAUAUGCUGUUCCUUUAUGGGGGACCGCAGUAAACUAGAUGUCCUUGGAGGUAAUUCAAAACCAAUUUCUAAGACGACUGCUAAAACUUCCUCAGUGCGUUAGUAAUGCAGCUAUUCGCUUAGAAUUAAAAACUACAUCUUUAGAAAAUACUCUUUGGAGGCGCAGCCUUUGUUACUGGUUGUCCUUAAGGCAUAGGCUCCUGAAUCUGUAUUUGAUCCAAUGCCUCUGGAGAGAUAAUUUUCCCGUCCUAGGGGCAAAAGAGAUCCAUUCCAAAGUAGUGAC